AUGCAGGCUCACAUUGCUCGGAUCAAGUUCCUCAGCAUGUGCAUCGAAAUGUGGGGCUAUUUCGGCUUCCUGAGUCAGUUCGAGGCCUGUACUAGCAAUCGCCGACUCAUGUGGAUGGGUGGGCAGCCUGGGCGGAACACAGGAGACGCCAAAUCGUAUUACGGUCCGGUCAUCGAGAACCUCCGCGAGCUGUUGCGGCGGGAUCCUGACGCUUACACGGGGAAGAUGAAGAGCGCUCUCCAGCCGUUCCGUCUCGAUGAAGGGGGAUUCACCAAUGUGACUUCGCUUUUAGUGAAUCUCGGAGCCGUAGAUCCGAACAAUCCCAAGAAGGAACAUCGGUUGAGCGAUCGAGCUCUAGCUCGAGUCCUUCAUGACAUCAUCUCACGCCGUAAGGGUCAAUCGUGGUGGUUCGGACGUGAAGUGAAAGAGGCAAAAGCCUUGCGCGAAGGCACGUACCGGGAGCCCACAGCUCCAGCCUACGAUGAACGCGAAUUACAACGUACGGGUUGGACCCACUUCAUGUUUUCGGACGCUACUUUCGCGGCGAGAGGGCCAGGUCAGGUCCGAACAUCCAGUGUAGGCGAGGACGAAACCGAAGAGAAACCACCGGCUACAACGGCGUCUACGAGCGAGGCCACUCCUGUCUCCGCAGAGGACGAGCCUCCUACAUCUUCCGCAACUAAUAGGGAGCGCUCCAGCCAGCACCGAGCGUUCUUGUUGGCGGUUAGCCUGCGGUUGAUAACUUAA